AACCAGAACUUCAGAAGUAGUGGCCUUUGUUUAUUUGCUUUAUCUGUGGCCCAGAAAAUUUAGCAGGAAAAGGAAGUGGUUGUUAGGACUGUUGGGGUUCCAAAAAUACAAGAAGCAAUUAUCACUAAACACAAAUCACUCUUUUCCAUUGUUCUUCCAUGGCUUCUCUUGUCAGUUCAUCUGCCGCCAUUUCUGUACAACACAAGGUAAAUCGUCUUGGUGCUAGACCAAUAUCUACGAACUCAAUUUCACGUUUUUAUCAGAAUAUUGUUGGCAGUGAUAGGUUUCACGGGCUUUCUUUCAAGACAAAAGCCAAGUUGUCCGUUGAAUCAAAUGUAGUUGAAAAAGAAUCAACCAGUGUCAAUGAGAAGAUUGAUUAUGGAGUUGUUAGUAUUCACCAUGUUGGAGUGCUUUGUGAAAAGCUUGAAAGAUCACUUGAAUUUUAUCAGGGCAUUUUAGGUCUUGAAAUAAAUGAGGCAAGGCCGCAUGAUAAGCUUCCCUAUAGGGGCGCUUGGCUGUGGGUGGGUUCUGAAAUGAUUCAUUUGAUGGAGCUUCCAAAUCCCGACCCCUUAACUGGACGACCUCAACAUGGUGGCCGAGAUCGACAUACUUGCAUUGCUAUUCGUGAUGUGUCUAAGCUGAAAGCAAUCCUUGAUAAAGCUGGCGUUCCCUAUACGCUUAGCAAGUCUGGCAGGCCUGCAAUCUUUACGCGAGAUCCAGAUGCAAAUGCUCUUGAAUUCACUCAAGUGGAUAACUGACAUAUUUUACUAUCCAUAGCUAGAAAUUUGAAAAAAUGAAAGGCUUUGGUCUUUGUCCAUCUUUUAGGCUCCAAAUAAAUGUAUACAGAUCACAAAUAUUAGAUGUACAGUGACAUGGAUUUAUGUAGCAAUUCAAUAUAGAGGAUCACAAGUUAUAACUAACAGUAUGUGCCAAAUUAGCUUUGUUGUCUUUUCUCCUGCUGGUGAGUAGUUGAAUGGCUAUGGUCAAGUAUCUUUAUGGCACUUGCAAAUGCUGGCGUGACCGCCACUCCUGUAUGGCUGAACGUAAUGUGUUAUUUGGAAUUAAUA